AUGGCCGUCCCCACCGCGCAAGACUACGACAAUGUCUGCGACAACGAGGCCCUUCCAAUGGCGAAGGCAGCAUUUGUCAGCUGGCAAGACAACCGAAGCACAGCUGAAGCCAAUGCGCAGCUUGUGAAAUCGAUGUGCAUGGCUGCGCUCACGACGGGGCUCAAGCGUCUUUCCGACGAGAACACCCAGACGGCGCUAGGUAUUACGGAUGCCAUGGCCCGCUUUUGGGAUAUCGUGGGUGGCGCGGAGGAAUCGGGGGAAGCGACACUUUCACGUUUGAGUGACAUAGUGAUCCCAAAAGCGAGCCGAGAGCCGGAGCCCCUCAUUCAGGUACCGCCGGGUGUUGCGUGGAUGUCCGCGAAGCAUGCGGUCGAGGAUGGCACUGGGCUUCUCCCACCGGGCGAGGUCUCGAUGUCCGCGUUUCGCACUCAAGUCCAUGACACGCUUGCAGCGGAGACCAGUCGGGUGGAGGCAGUGGAUGAGAUGGUGGAGGCUCAGAUAGCCGAAUGUGAGGCGGAUGAAGCUGCCAUGAAUCGUGAGGAGAUGCUCCACAGCCAGGAGGCGAGUAUGUUUCGUUCUCCCAUUGAUACAGCCAUUGACAUGUCCGUCGGCAGCACGUCGGACACUCCCUGUACCGACUGA